CGGAAGGGGGUGGGGCUUUGUGGCUACCGUUGCUGGGUUGAGACGAGCCAAGGGGCGCCUGAGAGCCCUGGAGAAGGCUGGGAUUGGACCGCUGAAGAACCGGGCGGGAGGCCACGAUCUUUAAAGAAGUGUCUUGAAGUACCAUUUUCUCUUGAUGACUAACAGCAUUCCUCCUGAGGCAGUUGGUAGAAGAAUCCUCUCUAAUGGAGAUUUUGGAACUGUGCUUUAUGUUGGCAGUGUUCCUCCCACGACAGGAAUUUGGCUUGGAGUGGAAUGGGAUGACCAUCACAGAGGAAAACAUAAUGGAAGUCAUGAAGGAAUACAGUAUUUCAAAUGCAGGCACCCCAUGGGGGGAUCCUUUAUCCGUCCAAACAAAGCAAAUUUUGGAGUAGACUUCCUUUCUGCUGUCAAAGAGAAGUAUGGAUCAAAUGGAGAUGAUCAAGAUAGUGAGCAAGGAACAGAAGUGUUACUAGUCGUUACAAAGAAGGUCGUGGAAACUGUUGGGUUUGAUUCUAUUAAAGAAAAACAAAAGCAAUUAAAUACUUUAAGCACCAUCUCGGUAGACGAAUGUGCAGUAAGUCUUGCUGGUCAAGAAGGUGAAAUCGGAAGAACAUGCCCCAAUAUCAGGCGAAUAGAUUUGUCAAAAAAUCUUUUGUCCUCUUGGAAAGAAGUGGUAGACAUUGCUUGCCAACUUGAAAGUCUAGAAACUCUUAAUCUCAGUGACAACAAAAUGAGGUUUGCAUCUACUUCACCACCUACUUCAACAACAUUUUGUAAUCUGAGAGUUCUAGCACUUAAUCGAACGGGAGUGACAUGGACUGAGGUUCUUGUAUGUGCUGCAGGAUGGCCAGCUCUUGAAGAACUAUCCGUGGCUUCCAAUGAUAUUUCACUUUUAAAAAGACCUAUUGAUGUCCUACAUAACCUGAAAUGGUUAGAUCUUUCAUACAAUCAAGUAGAUGAAAGUCAACUUCAGCUAAUCGCAGAUCUGCCCCGGUUAGAAAGACUAAUACUUUUAAACAAUAGAAUUUCUUCUGUGCAUUUUCCUGAUGCAGGAUUUGGUUGCAAGACUAGAAUGUUUCCUUCCUUAACACAUCUUGUAUUAAACAGCAAUAGAAUUGCAGAAUGGUCAGUUUUCAGUGAACUUGAUAAACUACAAAAGCUUCAAUCAUUGGAUUGUCGGAAUAAUCCUAUAAUGGACACAGAUGAAAAUAAAGAGACUGUGAAACAGCUUAUUAUUGCCAAAAUAGGCCAGUUGAAGUUUUUGAACAAAUCUGAGAUCUUUCCUAACGAAAGGAAGGGAGCAGAACUUGACUAUAGAAAGAAAUAUGGAGUUGACUGGUUAAAGGCUGGCGGUAAUCAGGAUCCAAAUAAAAACCAUCCAAGUGAGGAAUUCCUUGCUGCCCAUCCCAGAUUCCAAUUACUCUGUGAGAAAUAUGGUGCCCCUGAAGAUGGGGAACUGAAAAGAGAGCAGCCCUUUUCCCUAAAAAAUCAGCUAUUGACCUUGACCUUUAAGUGUCCUGACAAACCUGAACAGAACCCCAUACAGAAGAAGUUACCAGAUUCCAUGACUAUUCAGAAGGUCAAAGGAUUGCUGUAUCGGCUACUUAAAAUCCCAGGUUCAGAACUGAAACUAUCCUAUGAGAGUUCUAAAAUGAAAGGCAAAGAAUUUGAACUGGACAAUAACUUAAAGCCCUUGCAAUUCUACUCAAUUGAAAAUGAAGACUGCAUUCUAGUACGAUGGUAACAGCUGCCUUUAAUGCCUCUUUUGGAGAGUAGUUUUAUGCUGCUAGCAGAGCUUCUACAAUUAAGUCUAUAUGUUGAUUUGCAACUUAUCUGGAAGAACCUUGAUAUAAAAAAGAUGGAAAGCUAUUGGCUAGACAAACUACUAGAUCCUGCACUUUUGUUAAUAAAUAUCUUUCUAAAA